GAAGGGGAAAAAAGGCGCGAGCCCAACUCCAAGGACAACGACAGGGGCUACGAACGCGGGAUUGACCGCCGCUCGCCGUAAUCGCUUCCGCGGAGACGCGCAGAAGCUUCGCCGCCUCCAUAGUUUACCACUUUCGUCAAUGGGUCAAGUUCUGCCCGCUCCCACUUCCACUUUCCAACCUCGCAGCCCUCCGGCGGUCCUCCCCAACUUCCUGCCUGCGGGCCUGCGGCCGUCCUGCUCGCCGGCGGUGCGAGGGGAGGGGGGAGGGGGAGGGGGAGGGGGGCGCACCCACCAGCAGCGACCUACCUAGCAGUUUCUCCGUCUCUACAGUAGCUACUGUCGGCCGUUGACGGCGACUCCCUGCGCCGUAUGUGCCAUGCCACCGCAGGUACAGAGUAUUAUUAGGUCGAUGGUAUGUAGAAGUUGUCCUACUAGGAAAUAGAGUAUACCAUGGAGAACGAGUCGCAGCUCGCAAGUGCGACGCCAAGGGAUUUUACAUUCCAAUUGUUAAAGCAAAUUACAAAUGAUUUUUCUGAGGACAACAGAAUUGGUGUUGGCGGGUACGGAGUAGUCUACAAGGGAACACUCGACAAUGGUGAAGUGAUUGCUGUGAAGAAGCUUUAUUACAAGCAUCCAGGACUUGACAGCGACAAGCAAUUUCAGAAUGAGUGUACUAACCUUAUGAGGGUCCAUCAUCAAAAUAUAGUAAGGUUAGUUGGCUACUGCCAUGAAAUUCGUCAUAUAUGCGUAGAGCACAAUGGGAGAUAUGUUUUUGCUAUGGUGGAAGAUAGAGCUCUCUGCUUCGAAUACUUGGAGGGUGGAAGCCUUGACAAACAUCUCACGGACGAAUCCUGUGGAUUUGGUUGGCACACGCGUUACAAAAUCAUUAAAGGAAUUUGUGAGGGAUUAAAUUACCUUCAUAAUGGAUCAAAAGAAUCGAUUUUCCAUCUGGACUUGAAACCAGCCAAUAUAUUGCUGGAUAGGAAUAUGAUGCCAAAGAUAGGAGAUUUUGGUUUGUCCAGACUCUUCGAUUCAACAGAAACCUGUUCCACAAAAGGAAUUAUAGGAACACCUGGAUACAUGCCACCAGAAUACAUCAAUAGAUUCCACAUCACACCAAAGUUUGACGUAUUCAGUUUGGGCGUUACAAUCAUAAAAAUAAUGUCAGGACAAGAGGGCUACUCCAAAUUUGCGGAUAUGUCUUCCCAAGAAUUUAUUCAACUUGUACAUGAAAACUGGGAAAAGGCGUUGCAGACAACUGUGUUGGCGCAUACAUCACAUGGAGUUAAGAAAUGCAUUGAAAUAGCAUUAAGAUGCGUGGAGGCUGACCGAGUGAAAAGGCCUACUAUAGCCGAGGUUGUGGAUGAAUUGAGUAAGAUUGAUACUACCAUUAUCGAUGAACUAAAUAAGAUUGAUACAGACAGAAGUUCACCAAUAGAGCAGACUUGUCCAAGGAGCUCCGCCACUGCCGCUAUGCCCAACCUUGUAUGCACUGAGAGCGUCAUUCCCCUGUCAUCUUGCCACAGUAGUAGCACCCAGGUCACCAACUUACAAUGCAAUCAGGCCUUCACCCCAUGUGUGAACUCAGGAAUGUUCUCAAAAGAUGGUGGUAAAGAUGGGAGUAUGAUUAGUUCCUGCAGCAGUCAAGCCAUUCGAGCCUCUUCAGAUUCGGUGCUUCUAAGAGCAAAUAUUAAAUGCCCUAUCUUGUCAUCAACCAGUGUUAAAAUCUUCAGUUAUGAUAAUCUCAGGUUAGCCACAAGGAAGUUCCAUUCUAACUGUGUGCUCGGUGAAGGAGGAUUUGGAUGUGUAUAUAAAGGAUGGAUUGAUGAGAACACAUUGUCACCUUGCGAACCUGGCACUGGUAUACCUGUUGCAGUGAAAAGAUUAGGGCAGGAGAGUUCGCAAGGGCACAAAGAGUGGUUGGCAGAAAUUAACCUAGCUCACCUUUCCCACCCCAACCUUGUGAAGUUAUUUGGGUACUGCUUAGAGGAUGAGCACCGGCUACUAGUGUACGAAUUCAUACCACAUGGGAGCUUGGACAAUCAUCUUUUUAAGAGAGACUCAUGUCAACCUCUGUCAUGGAACCUGAGAAUGAAAGUUGCACUUGGAGUUGCAAAAGCACUAGCUUACCUUCACUGUGCAGAGAUAAAUGUCAUUGUUAGAGAUGUUAAGAAUUCCAAUAUUCUCCUUGACAGAGACUAUACCGCGAAGCUCUCUGAUUUUGGAGUGGCAGUUAAUGGUCCUGUUGAUCAGGAGAGUCAUUUAUCCACAGCGGUUAAGGGGACACGUGGUUAUGCAGCUCCGGAAUACAUUGCAACAGGCCUACUUACACAGAAGUGUGACAUCUAUGGCUUUGGAGUACUGCUUCUGGAGUUGUUGUCAGGUCGCCGUGCCCUUGACGAGAACCGACCAGGGAUGGAGCAGAAUCUUGUGGACUGGGCCAGACCAUAUCUCAGGCAUAAGCACAAGAUACGUUGUGUCAUAGAUACCAGUCUAGGCGGUCUGUACUCGUUCAGUGCGGUCCAGAAACUCGCUGCCCUUGCCCUCGAGUGCCUGUGCACGGACCCCAAGAAGAGGCCGGCCAUGGACUCGGUGGUCUCUAUCCUAGAAGGUGUUCAGGAAGACGAGGAACUAGAAGCAGCGGAGCACCAGGAAUCAGGCAAAAAGGUCACUGCGAGUGCAAGCAGGAAGAACGGCAAAUCUCGCUGGAAUAUCUUCGGAGGGGGGCGGUCGUGAUCCAAAGCCAUUCCUCCGAAGCCGGAACAGGUUUUAUCUGAGAUGCAGGCUCAAAAUUAUGAAGGCAUCUACAGGCUAUUAAACACUGGACACUGUCUCGAAGAUGUAACGUUGACUGCUAAAGCGCCUCAGAAUUCAGAAUUAGGCAGGAUUUUACCCGCGAGAAGCAAGAUGGCUUGCUACAAACACUGAUCAGAAGAAGACGACACCAGUUUUGAUUUUAGCUGACGAAAUUGACGUGGCAGGUUUCAUUUUUGGGGCAUCUAUUCUCCGCCCAUCAUCUCUGUCUUCUUCUUCUCUAAUACUACAACCACACACAAGAGCUUCUUGCGGGUUCGGAGAAAACAUGCUUGAACUGUAAUUUCUGGAUUUCAUAAUAGCAACGAAACUGAAAAA